UCCCCUUUCGUCUUUCCCUUCUUUUCCAGGCUCCUUCUCUCCAGGCUGCAGCUCCUCCUCCUUCUCCUCCUCCUCCUCCAGGCUCCGGGCUCCGCCUCCACCUGCGCACGGUGAUCUCAGCAAAGAUGGCGGAGUUUCGGUAGCGCCCCGCGACCGAUGGCCAACGUCAACAGUCAGGAAUUAGACGGGAGAUAAUCUGCGGGCCCGGCCGGUCCGCCGUCACCGCGGAUUCUCGCUGUGUGGCCGCGGCUGAGGUCCGGCUGGAGCUGUCGGUCGGUGACCCAGUACAUUUCCACUGUUGUUGACUGCAGGAGGCUCAGGAGGCUCUGGUGUCAGACCGGUAUGACAGAGCGGUAACAGGCGUGCCCAACCCCCGGGAGAGAGAUGGGUUUCAGGUAAUUCAGACUGCCUGAGUUCCUCAGGUGUGGAUCUUCAGCCCUUGUGCUCUUCUCAUAAUGUCGUCCUCCCCGGCAGUCACAAAGGCCGGCCUGGGCCUUCCUGCUUUGGACAACCUUUCGAUGUCCUCUCUGCUGUCUGGUGACCUGGAUGAUGGAGCAGAGAGUGGCGAGGGUGAGCUGGCUGAUCUGGAAGUGAACCCUUAUGAUAGCCUGCCCUUCUCCUCGCGCUAUUACUCUCUUUUGGAGGAGCGGCGGAAGCUGCCAGUGUGGAACCUGAAGUACAGCCUGCUGGAGCACCUGGAGACUCACAGCAUGGUGGUGCUGAGUGGAGAGGGUGGCACAGGCAGGAGCACCCAAGUGCCUCAGUGGUGUGUGGAGUAUGCGCUAUCUCAUCAGUUUACACAGGGCCUAGUUUGCUGCUGCCAGCCGUACGCAGCAGCUGCCUGUAGUCUGGCUAUUCGAGUGGCUGAUGAAAUGGACCUGAGUCUGGGGCUGGAGGUGGGCUACAGAGUGCCUCACGAUGAUGGCUGCACACCAGACACUUUAUUACGCUUUGUGACCGACUCGCUGCUCCUGCAGGAGAUGAUGUCAGACCCCUUGCUGCGUCAGUACGGUGUGCUGGUGGUUGACGAGGCUCAGGAGCGCACCGUGGCCACUGAUGUAUUGAUGGGCCUACUUCGGGACGUAUGCCGGCAACGUGGUGACCUGCGGGUCGUGGUGCUCGCGGCGCCCCCUGUGGCGAGCAGCAUCGCCAGCUUCCUAGGGGAGGGAGUUCCUCAUCUCGUAAUCGACCCGCCUCUAGAUAAACCCACCACAGAGACACUGUACCGAGACCCCCCUGCUGGACGUGACCCAGCAUCAGCUUCUUGUCAGAUGGUGUUGGAUCUUCACCGGCGAGGUGAAGAAGGAGAUAUACUCGUCUUCCUCCCCAGCGGCCAGGAAAUUGCUGAAUGUGCUGCUCUGUUAGAGAAGGAGUGUGUAGCUUUGAGUCCUCAUCUUGGGGCAUUGCGUGUGCUGCCUCUCCACUCUGGCCUCGGUGCAGCCACGCAACACGUGUACGAUACGGAGGGAGCUGAAGACCAGGCUGAAGCAAAAGAGACAGAGCAACCUGGUCUAGACACUCCUGAAGGGUCCGGUUUGAAACGCAGGGUCAUCCUCACAGACACCUUGGGAGAGGCCUCCUUCUCUCUGCCUAACAUCCGCUAUGUUGUUGACACAGGACUUGAACUCAAAACGGUGUACAAUCCACAGAUCCGAGCUGACUCUCAGGUUCAGCAACCAAUCAGCAAACACCAGGCGGAAACACGAUCUCAGAGAGUGAACAGUAAGCUGCCAGGGGUGUGUUUUCGUCUUUACCAUCAGUCUCUGUAUGAGGAGGGGAUGCCUGAAGCUCGCUGUCCUGGAGUCACAGAAGCUAACCUCAGCCACCUAGUGCUUCUGCUCAAGAGACUGGACAUAGCAGACAUGGGCCAGUGCAAGUUCCUUGACCGACCAGCUCCAGAGGCCCUGAUGCAGGCUCUGGAGGACUUGGACUACUUGGCUGCUCUGGAUGAUGAUGGUAAUCUGUCAGAGGUGGGCAUCAUCAUGUCCGAGCUUCCAUUGGAGCCACCACUGGCCAAAGCCCUUAUUGCAGCCUGCGAGUUUGACUGUGUCAGUGAAAUGCUCACUAUUGCUGCAAUGCUUACUGCUCCUCCAUGCUUCGUAACACCUCCACCAAACAAAGAAGAGGCAGCAGCAACUCACAGACGCCCACUUCUACACUCAGAAGGAGACCAUCUUACACUCAUUAAUGUCUACAAUGCUUAUCUACAGCACAAUGAGGAUGAAGCUUGGUGCUCUACUAACUUCCUAAAUGCCUCUGCGCUGCGAUUGGCUGUGGUGAUUCGAGCGGAGCUUCUGGAGGUGAUGCAACGGAUUGAGUUGCCAGUUUCACCACCUGCCUUUGGCUGCCAGGACAACAGCACAAAUAUAAAGCGAGCUCUCAUCUCAGGGUUCUUUCUCAAGGUUGCUCAUGAUGUAGACGGCUCAGGGAACUAUUUACUGUUGACACAUCGGCAUGUGGCUCACCUUCACCCCUUCUCCUCAUACCUCUGCCGCCGGCCGCGACCCAACCCCCCCAGCUGGGUGCUCUACCACGACUUCACCAUCUCCCACGACAAUUGCAUUCGCACCGCAUCGGAAGUACACCCCCACAUGUUUGUGGAAUUAGCUCCUCAGUACUACUUGGGUAACCUUCCUCCCAGUGAAGGAAAAGACUUGUUAAUGGAGAUCAGACAGAGUCUUCUCCCACCGGACGAACAGGAGGAAGGAGAGACUGAAAGUAAAAGGCAUGGAGACAGGCCCGGAGAGCAUCGGGAUCAGUACAGUGCGGAGAUGUGUAUUCUACAGUGAUGCAUGUGAGAGUGUGUGUGUGUUGCAUACACUUAAAUUAUACUUUGGGAUUGAUGAGCCCAAAACAUUAAGUACGAAAUAUGGCUCUCUUGCACAGGCAACUUUAUUAACUUUACAGCAAAAAUCAAUGGCUGUGAGGGGCACAGUGCAAUGCCGUUGCUGUAUCUUAAGAACUUGAAUCAUACGUAUGUAUGAGCUGAGGUAGCUGUUCAACAGCCUAAACAGACUAAUCUUCAGCUGGCUUUGCAAUGAUGUUAUCUGAAAGAGUUUUGCUAUUAAAGUGCUAAAAAACCCUGGAAAUGCACCAAGCAAUAAAUAAUAUGGUUUAAAAGCCUCAAAGUUACAAAACAACUAAUAAUAUAAUGAUAGUAAUUCCUCCCCAUGAAUAAUGAAAAAAGGCACUGUACUUCUAACACUACAGUUAGUGAGGGUGACUAUCUCUCAGCCACACCAGACCUGAAAUAGAGAUGAUCUGAUAAUGUUCUAAUCUGAAGGGUGUGUAUUCCCUUACUCUCUAUUGUUUGUGUUCUCUGACUAGUUGUGAAUAGGUGAAACAGGAGUUUGUCCCUUGUCCUUUCCUUGUGGACGUGUAAACCCGCUUUAAUAAGGUGAACAAACAUCCAGGGUAACUUGAACCUCGAGGACAGACUUUUGCUGGAGAUCUGUGAUCACUGUGGAUUCUCAGGGUUGUUUACACAAUCCCUUGCAUAGUAAACUUCCAUUUUCUUAGCUAUGGAGGUGUUUUUUUACUGUAUACUCCUUAUCUAUUUUUCUUCUAUCCAAAACAAUCUUGUGGCGGCAUCUGUUAAUAUUGUGAUGUUUUGUGUGUACAUAUCUGAUUUUAAAAUAUUAAUUUUUCACAACUUAUGUGUGAACUCAAAUAUACUUGCAUAACCUAAAA